CCAUUUUGUUGUUAUUGAUUAGUUUUCAAUUUUCUAACAUUGUAGGUUCAAAAAAAAAUGUGGGGUUCUAAAAAGAAGAGUGAUUCUGAAAAGGGUUCAAGUUCUUCAGCUGAUCAGAGGAGAUUUGAGGAAGGCGAUCCUCGAAUACUGAAACUGGGUUCACCUGUUUCAACAUUAAGGAGUGGAAUGAGUUCUAGUAAUACAACGAGCACUUCGGGUUCAUCUGCAUCGGGAUCAGGUCGGAAUGUGAGUUCUUCGAGUUCGUCGGGUUCACCCAGAAUUAAAAUAGUUCCGGCCGGCAAUAUUUGCCCGUCCGGUAACGUGAUAACUGGGAUGCGUUGUAAGCCGGAAAGGACUGUGUUAAAUGACAGUAAGAUGAUACCCGGAUUUUACGGCUAUGGAAGCAUAAUGCCUGGUGGUGCAAUGCAGAGAACCCGUCGUGCUUCGCCGGAAUCCAAUGCGGAGGAGUUGAAUACACAAGCGAAUGAGAUUUACAGGAAGGGUAAUUUUGCAGAAGCGUUGAGUCUUUAUGAUAAAGCUAUAGCAAUUUCUCCGCGAGAUGGUAGAUUUCAUUGUAAUCGAGCUGCUGCGUUAAUGGGUCUUAAGCGAAUAAUCGAAGCAGUGAAGGAAUGUGAAGAAGCCAUUAGAUUAUCUCCAGCAUAUGUUCGAGCACACCAGCGUUUGGGAACUUUGCUACUUUGUUUAGGACAGGUUGAAAAUGCAAGGGAGUACUUACAUUGCCUGGAUCAGAAACCAGAUCAAGCCACGUUGGAGAAGUUGCAGGCAGUGGAGGAACAUAUCGGCAAAUGCGCUGAAGCCCGGAGAUCUGAAGAUUGGACGACUAUGUUGAAAAAAGCUGUUGCAGCAACUACUUUUGGAGCUGAUGCGUCUCCUCAGCUGUUUGCAUGUCAAGCGGAAGCUCAUUUGAAGCUGCACCAAUUAAAGGAUGCUGAAUUGUGGAUUUAUAAAGCUAGGACGUACGAGCUAUCUGCCACAGAAUGCCGGUCAAAAAUUUUUGGAAUGCUCUCUGAGGCAUACAUAUUCUUUGUCCAAGCUCAGAUUGACAGCAGUCUUGGAAAGUUUGAUGAUGCGUGUACUGCCAUUGAAAGAGCUGCACGAAUUGAUCUUCAAAGUGCUGAAGUUACUGGUAAACUCAAAAACAUGAGGCUGGUGGGUAAAGCUCGUACUCAUGGCAACGAGCAUUUUAAUGCUAAAAGAUAUGCACAAGCUUGUACUGCUUAUGGGGAAGGGAUCUUACUUGAUUCUUCAAAUUCAGUUCUCUACUACAAUAGAGCAAAUUGCUGGUUUAAACUUGGAGAGUGGGAAAAAUCUCUGGCUGAUAGCAACCGUGCUCUCCUUAUCCGGCCACAAUAUACUAAAGCUCUUUUCCGAAAAGCUGCCUCAAAUAUCAAGCUGGAAAGAUGGGCUGAUGCUGUGAGAGAUUAUGAGAUUCUGCGCCAGGAACUUCCAAGUAACGAAGAGGUUGCUGAAAAUUUAUCCCAUGCCCGAGCUGAAUUAAGGAAGUCACGCAGAGAAGGUAAUGGCAAGGUGGAGUUGGUUUCAGAUCUUGACAAGUUCCGGGCUGCGAUUGCAUCUGGUGCAUCUGUGGUCUAUUUUGAUGAAUUAUCCAAACCACAAGGCACGUGGAUGUCCUCGGUCAUGGAUAACUUGAGCGCCAAAUAUCGUUCAGUAAUUUUUCUCAAGGUGGACAUGGAACAGAGCCCAGCAAUUGCUACAGCAGAGAAAAUUACAGUAGCACCUACAUUUAAGCUUUACAAGGAUGGCAAUCGUCUGGUGGAUACGGUUACUGCAAUUCCAGAUUUUUUGGAUUUCUUGAUUAAGGAAACCCUCUUGAAUCCCAUCUAGAAAGGAUUUUACAUAUACCAUAUGCUUGUUCGUGGUCUACAGAGGGAAAGUCUAGUCUCCUUUUUUACCCAUCUCCGAUACUCCUUCCAUUCGUACCUUUUUGACAUUUUUAGCAUUAGUGAUUUUGCGGCAAUAUAUAGCUGAAGAGUUAGAAAGAAGAGAAAGUAACUGUGCUAAUUGGAGUUAAAUAAACAUGUAUACACAAACUACUAUUGUGUAUGUCUGCUGAAUAAAAGUUUGUCAUAUUUUCCUAUUCA